CCCUGCGUCUCGUCUCCAUCCCUAAGCGGAGACUAAAAGGAGCCCGGAUAAAGAUGCUCAGCGUCGCUGGCUCAGCCGGCUGAAAACGUCAUUAUCACGGUGUCGGAGGCGCACAUUUAGCGUCGGCAGUCAUGGAAAUGAGCAAGUCUUUCUCCGACACGGAGCGUGCACUCCGGAGCUACGGCGCCGUGUCACAAACCGCGUGGACGACGGACAAAGGCCACAGUGAUGUGUCCAUGGCAGAGAGCACCAUCUCUCCUGAGGAGAUUGAGGUGGAGAUGGCUCGUAUCCAACGUCUGAGGGAAGUCUUAGUGCGUCGGGAGUCGGAGCUGCGCUUCAUGAUGGACGACAUCCAGCUGUGCAAAGACAUCAUGAGUUUAAAGCAGGAGCUGAGGCAGAUCGUUGCAGUGCCAGAAAAAGACAAAAGCAAGAAAGACAGGCAGCAGGAAGAGGAACUGAUCCUGAAGAUCCAUAAACUGGUGCAGAAGAGGGAUUUCUUGGUCGACGAUGCUGAGGUGGAGAGAUUAAGGGAACAAGAGGAGGACAAAGAGAUGGCAGAGUUCCUCAGGCUGAAACUGAUGCCGCUGGAGAAGAAGCUCACGGUAAAACAAAAUCCUCCGAAGCCCAGAAGACAAAUCUUGGAGCCGCCGCCCAACAAACCCUUCAUCUCCAAAUCAGGCGUGGCCAUCAUUAAAGAUUGCUGCGGCGCCACCCAGUGUGCCAUCAUGUAACUGAUGGACAUGCUUCAAGGGCCACGCCCACAUCCCCUUGCAAACACGACUUCCAUCAUCACUUCCUGUGUAUCGGAGAAUCUGUUCUGCUUUGUGUUCCACGGUAGAGUCCAUCAGAUCAUGUUUGCAAUCCAACAUGGAUUCACACAUUAAAAACAUUCACAAUAUUACAAUUAGAAAUGAAAUUAUGUAUAAAUGUAAUAAUUCCAUACAUCCUUUUUCUUAAAAGCAGCAUUAACAUCCACAAUUAUGAAUUGGAACCACAAGCACAAUGUCCUACUGGGGGUUCUCUGAUGCACACCAAAUUAUGUGGUUAACCAAUAACCGGUCCAGGGUGUACUCUGUUCACUCGCCCAAAGAAAGCUGGGAUAGGCUCCAGCAUAUCUGCCACCCUAAGUGAGGAUAAGCAGCAUAGAAAACGGAUAUGAAAGCAAAACAGAUGUUUAGAAAGACAAAUUCACUUUUUUAUGCCACAAACGGGCUGCACGGUGGUCAAGUGGUUAGAACACAGGCCUCACAGGUUGGAGACACAAGUUCAAUUCCACCCUGGGCCAUCUCUGUGUGUUCCAAAAACAUGCUAGGUUAAUUGGCGACUCCAAAUUCAAUCCAUUGGUAUGAAUGUGAGUGUGAAUGGUUGUUUGUCCUGUGAUUGAACAUUAAUGAAUGCCACAAACAAGACACAGUAAUUGCUCAUCGAUUCUUGAAAUCUGGAAUCCAUACCAGGUGUAUGAGAUGUGUUAAGUCGCCAUUUUAUUGUACAACGUUGCAACGACAAACUACAGUCCCGUUAGGAUGUGUUCAUCAGCAGGCCAAAUUUGUUUGUGGCGGCCUCAAUGUAUUGGUGGCGGUCUGCUUUAAAUGAAUGGGUGGGAAACACUGAGCAUACAUGCCACUAAAAGAAAAGAAUACUUCUUUUAAGUGGGGCCAUAAGCUAUUUUUUGAUGCUCAUGAUGAUGAUGAUGAUGAUGACAUCAUCAUCAUCAUCGUACCAGCGUACCAGAUAGAUGGGGGACGCAACAAAGAAUGAAGUUCUACUUCUCAGGUGAUGAACAAACACCAUAAAGACUCACUGAAGUUUAGAAAUAUGAUUAUUAUAAUUACGGCAGAUUUUAAAAUCAUAUACGGUGGUGUGUAAGUGUUUGAACACUUCCUGAUUUCUUUUUUUUUUUUUUUGCAUGUUGGUCACACUUGAAUGUUUCAGAUAAUCAUGACAACACAACUGAAUACAAAAUGCAGUUUUUAAAUGAAACUUAAGGGAGAGAAAAAAAAAUCCAAACCAACAUGGCCCCGGGUGAAAAAGUGAUUGCCCGCAAUUAAAAAACUGAGAUUGAGAAGUAUCAAUCUAAGUGUCUGGAAAAAGUUAUAAAGCCGUUUCUACAGCUUUGUGACGCCGAGGAACCACACUGAGAGCCAUUAUACACAAAGGGCGAAAAAAAAAAUUACGCCAAGAGUGCAGCAACGACUCCUCCAAGAGGUCACAAAAGACCCCACAACAACCUUUAAGGUUUGUGUUGAUGUCUGCAUCAUAAGACACUGGGCAAAAACAGCCUGCAUGGCAGAGUUCCAAGACAAAAAGCACUACUGAACAAAAAGAACAUUAAAGCUUGUCUCUAUUUUGCCAGAAAACGUCAUGAUCCCCACAUUUGGGAAAAUACUCAAAAGUUCAACUUUUUGGAAGGUACAUCUGGCGUAAAAGUAAAGCCACAUUUCUGAAAAAAAAAAAAAAAAAAGAUCAUACCAAUAGUAAAAUAUGGUGGUGGUAGUGUGAUGAUCUGGAGUCUUUUUGUUGCCUCGGGACCCGUAGGCUUAUUGUGAUAAAUGGAACCUUGAAUUCUGCUGUCGACCAAAAAAAAAGUCCUGAAGGAGAAGGUCCAGCCAUCGGUUUGUGACUUCAGGCUGAAACCAACUUGGGUUCUGCAGCAGGACCAGCAAGUCCACCUGUGAAUGAACACGUUGGAGUGGCCUAGCAUUUUGUGCUCAGUUAUAUUAGACUAAUAUUUACUUUUUGUUUCAUCUGAAAUAUGCAAGUGUGACAAGCAAAACAACUCAACUGGGAAGGAGGCUGUAUGCUUUCCCCAAAUAUAUUCCACGUGUAUUCAUGGUAAACUGCCAGCCACGUUAAAAGUGUAUAUGCACUGUUAGCAUAAUCAUUCAAAUUUGAUUAAUUUUUCUUUUUCAUGUAAGGUCAUGGCUCAGUCUUUGUGUUUAUCUUGGCUGUGCAAACAAAGCUAAAGGAUACUUUGGCUUUGCUUGUUGAUACGGAUUAUUGCGACACGGCUGAGAAGCGGCAACUCCAUCCUCCUUUGUGUUUUUGGGGUGAAUAUUUAACCAAAAAAAUAAAUUAAAAUGCAAUCUUCUAGUUAAUGCUAACAUUUCCAUGUAUGUUUGAGUGUCUUAUAAAGAUCUCACCUUCUUUCUGUAGUGCUAGUUCAUUCAUGAAAUGUUGAAAAUGUAAAAAAAAAAAAAAAAUGCAGAAAAUAAGCUGAAACUACCUGUAUAUAUAUGUUUAAAUAAAGAGCAUCUUUCAGAAAGCAGACAGUGGAUUUAUCUUUUAGUAUCAAGCAGGAAAUGAGGCAAAAGUUGAUGCUUAGUGAGGUUUAUUAACAUAAAUGUUGUUGGUCCCUUCGACAAAUAACAGAUUAAUUAGCGGUGGUUGCGGUGUCACAAACUGAUUACAAGGCAACAGUUUUACAAACAAAUGCAUGUUUAAAUUUUUUGAAAAAGUAGAGAAAGCAGUACCGUGUUGUGAAUGCAAUACUGCUGAGUAAAUGGGUGAAAAAAAAAAACAAAAAAAAAAACUUGACUUGCAAGACGAAGUGGGUUAGUAAAAAGAAAACGAGGCUAAGAAUUAGUUUCUUUCUUCAACUUCAUACGCAAUGAUUUCAUGAACCACGACUAUGCAGAAGUGCAUAUUUCAAGUGGUACAAAAGCAACCGUGAGUUAGAUGCCACCAAGCAGCAAGAACUUGGCUUUACUCAAAUAGACAAAGUUUAAAAUAGAUAUUUCUUGGGAGAAUUAAAAGCUCCUAUAAUUAUCAUCAUCGUCGUUGUCAAUUCCUUGAGCUGCAUAGUAUUCUAUAGGGUAGGAGAGGGUAUACAUAUUUGGCGAGUGAACAACAGGUGGAGACACAACUUCCAAACGCAAACUUAAAUUCUCGUCGUGUAAGUGACGACAAAAUUGAACGAGUAAACACGGCAAGUGGAUCCUGCUGAUGGAAUGGGCUCUUAGCCAUUCUCCAAAUGUUUUUUUUUU